AUGUCGCAUGAACGCAGCACGCCGUCUUCGCCGGGGUCUCGGGACUUCGCUACCUCUUCUACUUCCUCUUCUCCCGAAUCUGCAACGUCGAAGCUUGCGAGCUCUGCCGCCGCGGGGUUUGGAGGAGAAAAUGGUCCGAUUACGGUGUUGGAAAGAUUUUCAAUGGGAAGAGGGGAUUCGACCUUUCAUGCUUUAGCUGGUGCAGCUGGGGGCUUCACAUCUGGUGUGGUCACUUGUCCCUUGGAUGUUAUUAAGACGAAAUUACAAGCGCAGGGUGGGUUUAGGGCCGCACAGAGCAGUUCUGCUCCCCCUUUGGCAUCGGCUCGAUAUAGUGGCAUGUUGGGUACUGCGAGGGUCAUCUGGCGGGAAGAGGGUUUAAGGGGGAUGUACAGAGGACUGGGACCGAUUAUAUUAGGAUAUUUGCCCACAUGGGCGGUGUGGUUUACGGUGUAUGGAAAGUCAAAGGAAUUUUUUGGCGAAUACAAUGCAAACGUGAACAUAGUCAAUUUCUGGUCGUCCAUAGUAGCUGGGGCUUCAUCGACGAUGGUUACCAAUCCCAUAUGGGUAAUCAAAACCAGACUAAUGGCCCAGGUCAGUAGGAAGUCGACAUCAAUAGAAGCCCGACCACCGUGGCAUUAUAAAUCGACUCUUGAUGCCGCGAAAAAAAUGUAUAGGACUGAAGGCAUGUUGUCGUUUUAUUCGGGGCUUACUCCAGCGCUGCUUGGUCUAACACACGUCGCUAUACAAUUUCCAGCAUAUGAGUAUCUGAAAACAAAGUUUACGGGUCAGGGAAUGGGCCAGUCUACGGCGGGAGACAUGGAACAUCACUGGGUGGGUAUACUAUCCGCUAGCGUGCUCAGCAAAGUCAUGGCCAGCUCAGCAACAUACCCUCACGAAGUAAUUCGUACACGAUUACAGACACAACAAAGAUCUUUGCCAUCAUCAUCAAAAGAAUACUCAGCUUUUCGAGGCGGGCUAGAAGGCGGGGACUUUAAACCUGGAUCAAUACCUGCCAAGAUAGCUGCCACGAUACCAAGAUACAGGGGAAUUGUAACGACAUUCCAGACCAUAUUAAAAGAAGAAGGAUGGAGAGCGUUCUACGCCGGUAUGGGGACCAACAUGAUGAGAGCGGUGCCGGCAGCAACAACCACAAUGCUUACAUAUGAGUUUGUGAUGAAACAUGUUUUAGUUGCCAAAUCGGAAGGUUUACGGAAAAUUGAAGGGGUCUCGGCAGGUAUCUGA